CUGUGGGCUGUCGGCUGGCGGCAGCGGCGCUGCCAUGAGCGUGGCGCUGCGAAAUGCGCAGCGCGCCGUGCCCGUGCGCCGGGCCCCGCUCCGCCGCGCCGUGUGUGCCUUGCGCGCCGCCCUGGGCGCCUCCCGCUUCGACGUAGGGCUAGUCUGCGCCAGCAACGCGUUGAUGCAGCGACUGAACGGCGUCUACCGACACUGCCCGGAGCCCACCGACGUCCUCUCUUUCCCGUUCCACCAAGUGGAGGCGGGGGAGCUGCCGCGGCCGUGUUGCCGCGGCGAGUACAACCUGGGGGACAUCUUCCUGGGGGUGGAAUACAUCCACCAGCAGUGCCGCGAAACCGGGGAGGAUUUUGACGAUGUCCUGACGGUGACGGCGGCCCACGGAUUGUGCCACCUGCUCGGCUACCGGCACGACACGAAACCCGAGUGGGAGCAGAUGUACCAGAAGGAAGCGCAAAUCCUGGAGGAGCUGAACCGCCUCACAGGCUCCCGCUUGCGGCCCCUCACCGCCGGCCUCUUCUGAGAGACUGAGAGGGGCAGAGGCUCCGUCGGCGCCGCCCCGGACGUGGCGUGGGC